CUACAGUUGGUGAUCUGGCUAUCGUUAACACUGACGAUAAAUAUACCAUCUCUGAUGGAACUCCAGAAGGAACCAGUUGAAAUAACAGACUCUGGUGUUCUUGAUAUUAAUGGUAAUCCAGUCGAUCUAUCCAGUGGUGGAUCAGUUUCAGUCGGUGGAGUGACCAUCCAACAAGUUGAUAAUACAACUUAUACUGUAAGUGAUUCCAGUGGAAAUGAAGUAACUGUAGAAAUCAUUGUUCCAUAUGUCCCUGUGACUGUGCAACUAGAUAACAGUACAACAAUCACAAAGGUAGGCGACAAUGAAUAUGUGAUUACUAACACAAAUGAUGGCAGCCAAACGAAUGUUAAUGUCAAUGAUGACGGAGCCCUUGAUGUUAUUAUUGAAACAACAAAGGAAUCAUGUAGCGGUGAUGUCAGUGGUAUGUCCGGAAACUGUGAUGGUGAUAUCAACAAUGAAAUUGUUAAUGGUGAUGGUGAAUUUGUUGAUCCAUCUUCUAUUACUUCAGAUGAUCUUUCAGGUUUGGCAGAAACAUCUAACCUUGCAAACAAUACUGGAACUAAUGGUGGAAAUGGCAGCAGUAUCUUUGUGUAUGAAUACACAGAUGAGAAUGGAGAAACAUACAAGGAACCAAGCACUCUUGUUUCUGAAUGUCCAGCUGGUUACUUUGGUGCUGAUUGUAGUGUUGUGUUAGAAGAUACAACUCAAAAUACAAACAGUAACUCAACUGCAACAGUUAACACUGAUGGUACAUUCACUAACUUUGAAGGUGUAACAUAUGAUAUCAGCAAGCCAGGUGAAUUUGUAUUCAUCAAUACAACUGAAGUUGAUGUGAACAUUCGACAAGUACCUUGUGGUGACAUUGUGUGCACUACACAGACAUCUAUUGGAACUGAAAAUGGUAGUGUGAUUAUACAUACUCCCUAUGAUGAUAUCAGUGGACCAGUUGUAUUUGAUGAUGAGGGCAAUCCUCAAGACAUCGCUCCUGGAGAAUCAGUCAAUGUGGGUGACAUAUCCGUCACACAGGUUGAUGAUGAUACAUUUGUAAUCACCAUUAAUGGUACUGAUGACAAAAUUACAGUAGAUGUUAUUCCUCCACAAUCUGGGGAUACUGGAACCUCUGGUUCUGGAAGUGGCUCGGGUGGAUCUGGAAGUGGUUCAUCUGAGGCUACUGAUACAUCUGUUGAUACUGAUGGAUCAAGUACUUUGCAAGUAACUGCUACUGUUUCAAACGAUGCCUGUUCAUCAUCUACUGGCAGCUUUGCUGGUUCAUGUGAUGGCAACUUGAACAAUGACUUCCAGGAUGAAAAUGGCAAUGAUAUUUCCAUUGAUAUGAUAAAUGAAGAUAUGUUACAAGAAGUAGCUGAUACAAACACUCUUGAUGAAUCUGACUCUACUUUUGUGCAUAACUAUACUUCACCUCAUGGAGUGGUGUAUACUGAACCCACAACAUUUGAAAGUCAAUGUGUGUGUGGAUUCUACCUCAGUGACUGCUGUAUUGAUGUGUCUGAACCAGUUGGUAACAACACACAUGCUGUCACCUCAAUAAGUGGUGACAAUGCUGACAUUACAACAUUUGAUGGUUUGACAUAUGCUGUUAGCACAAAUGGUGAGUUUGAAUUCUUAGAUGUUUUGGAUAUGACAGUGAGUAUAAGAACAGUACCUUGUGACCUUACUGAAACAUGUGUUAAUCAGAUCCUGAUUGAAACAUCUGAAGGAAAUGUUGCAAUAAGAUCACCUGAUGAUGAUAGUGGAAUACCAAUUAUAUCAUCUGGAGAUGGUUCAACAGCAAAUGGUCUUUCUGGUGUGAUUACUGUGGGUGAUGUCACAGUGGAACAAGGCUCUGAUGGUGUACUAGCCAUCACCGACUCAUAUGAUAAUCAACUUACUGUUAAUGUGAACAAUGGCUAUCUUGAUGUUACAGCUGCCAUUACCAAGGAGAGUUGUGAUGCAUUGACUGGGUUAACAGGUAACUGUGAUGACAAUGUCAACAAUGAUCUUGUUGUUGAUGGCGAAGCUAUUCCUGUUAGUCAAAUCACAGCUGAUGUCCUCAAUGAAGUAGUUAAUAGUAGCACUGUUGAUACAGAUCCCAAUACUGGUGACAGUGGAUUUAUUUACACAUUUGAAACAAGUGAUGGUACUACAUUUACUGAACCCUCUGAGUUUGUGGAUUGUCCUACAGGAAAGUAUGGUGCUGAUUGUAGCCUAACAGUGUCCACAACAACAACAACUAAUGGAACACAUUCUACAGCAACAAUUACUGAUGGAUCUGUAUUCAUCAAUUAUGAUGGCACUGAAUAUGACCUUGAUAUUAUUGGGGAGUUCACGGUCACUUCCUCUGACUCAAGCAACUUCACAGUUGGAAUCAGGACUGUUCCAGAGGAUGGCUCUGGAAGAACAAUUACUGGUGAAUCUGGAACUGGUUCUGGAACUGGCUCUGAAACAGGAUCAUCAUCUGAUGAUGGUGUUGUGAUUGACCAAAUCUUUAUUGAAACUGACGAUGGCAAUGUUACUAUUCAUGCAUCAUUUAAUGGUACAUCUGAUCCAAUUGUAUUUGAUUCAGAUGGCAAUGUUGUAGAUGAUGUUAGCACUUUGAGUAUCAUUGUUGACCAGGUUGAUUAUGAUGGUGAAACUGGAUAUAUUAUUACAAAUCCAGAUGGUGAUACAGUUGUUGUAACAACAAACGAUAAAGGAUCUUUAGAUGUUGCAAUUACAUCUCCAGUGGAGUCUUGUGAUACCUCAUCUGGUUUGCUUGGAAAUUGUGAUGGUAACCUGAACAAUAACUUCCAAACAGGAGAUGACACAUACAUUCCAUUUGAUUUGGUAUCUGAAGAAGGUCUGGUUGAUGUUGCAUCAAACAAUGUACUCCCUGAAGAUGAUAGCACAUUUGUGUAUACAUACACUGAUCCAGAUACUGGCCUUACAUAUGAAGAAGAGAGAAUAAUGAAUGAUUCAUUGAUCAUAUUUGUUCCUGAACCUAAGUGUGAUGAAGGCUGGACUGGCGAUGACUGCACUAUCCAAAUUACUGAAAACACUGGUAAUAAUGAUACCCAUGCUGUGGCAACAAUUGUUGGAGAGGCAACAUACACAACUACUGAUGGAUUGACAUACACACUUCCUGUAAGAGGUGAAUUUACAUUCUUUGAAUCAGGAAACACAUCUGUAGAUGUACGUCAAGGUCCAUGUGGUGCAGGAGCAACAUGCGUCACACAGAUAGCUGUUACAACAACUACAACAUCAGAAGAUGGAGAGGACAUCAGCUCUGGUGUAAGUAUUCGUUCACCAUUUACAGAAGGUGGAGAUGCUGUAGUCUUUGAUACUGAUGGUGAAACUGUUGAAACAACAGUCGGCCAAACAAUUACUUUCAGUGAUGGGACCACAAUUACGCAGACAUCUGAUGAUUCCUUCAUUAUUGAUGACACAUCUGGAAAUGAAAUAACUGUCAGUGUAAAUGAUCUUGAUGGGUUAGAUAUUAGUGCUACAUUGCCAAGAACAGAAUGUGAAACAUCUGCUGGUUUAGCUGGUUCAUGUGAUGGCAACGUCAAUAAUGAGUUUUCUGGAAAUACAAGUAGUACUGAUGACCUUCCACCAGGAACUGAGGUUUAUGGAACUGAUUCUUGGUCUGGCGUCCCACCAGGCACUCAGACUGAUACCAUUUUGACUGAUGCUGAUGGAAAUAAGAUUGAAACUACAUCACAAGAAACAACAACAGUAGGAGACAUGACAAUUGCUCAAACUGGAAGUGAUGCAGGUAGCUAUACAGCAACUGAUAACUCUGGUAAUACGGUUGAGGUAACUGGUACUGCUGUGACUGACAGUAAUGGUAACGUUAUUGACAUUUCACCUGGUGAAAGUGUUACCACUGGCAACAUAACAAUAGUUCAGGUAGAUGAAGACACAUUUAUUUUAGUUGAUGAAUCUACUGGAUCUAAUGUUACAGUUAAUGUCGAUGUGCCAACCUCAACUGGAGUAAUUGAUGAAGAUGGUAAGCCAGUUGACCUUACACAAGGUGGUACAUCAGUUGGUGAUUUGACUGUCACUCAAGAAGAUGAUGACACAUUCACAAUAACUGACGGAUCUGGUGAUACAAUUACUGUGAAUACAACGGGUAUUACUGAUGCUGAUGGUAACAAGAUUGACCUUUCACCAGGUGAUAAUGUCACACUUGGCAAUGUGACUAUUCAUCAAACACACAAAGAUACAGUUGUUGUUACUGAUUCAGCAACAGGUACUGAUGUUGCUAUUACAGUUGUACAAGAAGACGGCUUGACUGAUCAAUAUGGAAAUCCAGUUGAGACUGAAUCACAAUCAACAGGAACAGUUGGAAAUAUGACUAUUACCCAAGACAAUAGUGGGUCUGUCACUAUAGGUGGAUCCUCUACUGGUGACAAUUCAUCUACCACAGUUACUGUUACUGGAACAGGUGUCACUGACUCUGAUGGUAACAUCAUUGACAUUGCUCCUGGAUCUAAUGUAACAGUUGGUGAUGUGACCAUUACUCGGGUGGAUGAGGACACAUAUACUGCACAUGAUGAAUCAUCUAAUACCACUGUUGCUAUAAAUGUGGAAACGCCAUCUACAACAGGUGUUUCUGAUGGCAAUGGUAAUGACCUUGAUCUUUCAACUGGAGAAUCUGAAACAGUUGGUGAUAUGACCAUUACCCAGGAUGGUGACAACUCAUUCUCUGUAACUGACAGUUCCAACCAAACUAUCACUGUGAAUGCAACUGGCAUAGUUGAUAACAAUGGUAAUGAGGUUGACCUAGCAAUAGGAGACAGCAUGACAGUUGGAGAUGUAACUAUUCACAAGGUCACAGAUGACACUAUUGUGGUAACUGAUGAUUCCACUGGAAGUGAUGUAACUGUUACAGUUGUACAAGAAGAUGGGUUAACUGACCAAUACGGUAAUCCAGUUGAGACAACUAACCAAACUAGUGGAGCAGUUGGAAAUAUCAAAAUCACUCAAGACAGCGAUGGUACAACCUCCAUAACUGGUGGAUCAUCUGGAGACACUAUAACUGUAACAGACACUUGCAUUACUAAUGAUGAUGGAAGCAUAAUUGAUGGUGUUUCCCCAGGCAAUAAUGUAACAGUUGGUGAUGUCAUCAUAGAACAAGUGGAUGAUGAUACAUUUGUCAUUCACGAUACAUCAACUGGUGAUCAAGUCACUGUUACAAUUGAAGUACCAACAUCAACAGGUGUCACAGAUGGAAAUGGUGACUCAGUUGAAAUAUUGCCAGGUGGAGACAUGGUAACUGUUGGUGACCUUAGCAUAACACAGCUUGAUAGUAGCACAUUCGUUGUAACAGACGAUGAAACUACCAUCAAAAUCACUGCAGUUGGAUUAAUAGAUACUGUCAAUAAUGUAACAUUUGAUGUUCCUCAAGGAAGCACAAGAACUGAAGGAAAUAUAUCAGUUCAUAGAGUACAUGCUAAUACAUAUGUGGUCAUAAAUGAUAAUACAGGAGAUGAGGUAGCUGUGACCAUCAUUCCAAGUACAGGUCUUACUGAUUCCCUUGGAAAUGAGAUUCCAGUUACAUCACAUGAAACUGGAACAGUUGGUGACAUGACAAUUACUCAUACUGAUGAUGGUUCUUAUUCCAUUGGUGAUGUAUCAUCUGAUACAACUGUGUCAAUAACAGGAACUGGUAUCACGGAUGGCAAUGGUGAUCUAAUUAACCUCGCGCCAGGACAGAAUACCACCAUUGGAGAUGUAACUAUCAUUCAAAAUGAUGAAGAUACUUACACUGUUAUUGACAGUUCUGGAAAUGAAAUCACUGUAACUGUUGAGAUACCUACAACCACUGGUGUUACUGAUGGUGAUGGAAAUUCAGUUGAUUUAACCCAAGGUGGAUCACAGACUGUUGGUGACCUGACUGUCUCACAAAAUACCAGUAGUAGCAUUGUUGUAACAGAUGGCUCCUCAGGAAGCACCAUUACAGUUGAUACAACAGGCAUCACUGACACAGAUGGAGAACCAGUUGAUCUUACACCAGGAACUAAUACAACAAUUGGAGAUGUGACAAUUCACCAUGUCCAUGAUGAUACGUAUGUCAUAACUGAUGGAUCAAGUGGAAGUGAAGUUGUUGUCACAGUUGUUGAACCAACAGGAUUAACAGAUUCUGAUGGCAAUACCAUUGAUGUUGUUUCUCAAGAAACUGCUCAUGUUGGUGAUUUGACUAUCAAUCAAGAUAACAAUGGCACAUUCACCAUAACUGAUGACUCAUCAAACACCUCCAUUUCAGUGACAGGAACAGGUAUCACAGAUGCAAAUGGUAACAUUAUUAAUCUCUCCCCCGGACAGAAUAUUACAACUGGUGAUAUUACCAUCACACAAGUUGACGAAGAUACAUUCAUUAUACAUGAUGGAUCUUCUGACACUGGUGUAACAGUAACUGUACCAACUACAACAGGAGUUACUGAUGGAUCUGGAAAUGAAGUAGAUCUUACCUCUGAAAGUGGAACAACUGUGGGUAAUUUGAAUAUUACUUCCCCAGAUAGUGGAAAUACAAUCUCUGUUUCUGAUGGAACUGGCAAUUCUGUUACAAUUAAUGGCACUGGUGUCAUUGAUGGAUCUGGUAAUGCUGUAGACAUCGGACCAGGCAACAGUACAACUAUUGGUGAUGUUACUGUCGAACAGGUUGAUGGUGAUACAUAUGUUGUUACUAAUGGUGAUGGUGAUGAGGUAGUAAUUACCGUUCCAGUAACAGAAACACCCAGUGUAACUGAUGAAAAUGGAAAUGAUAUUGAUACAUCAGGAGAAGGAGCAACCAUUGGUGAUAUGACAAUAUCUCAAGGUGAUGAUGACACAUUUACUGUAACUGAUGAUUCUGGUAGCAACAUUACAAUAACUGGAAAUGGCAUUACAGAUGUUAAUGGAGAUGUUGUAAACCUUUCUCCAGGAGAGAGUGUAACAGUUGGUGAUGUAACCAUAACACAAUUGGAUGAAGAUACAUUUACCGUAACCGAUUCUUCAACUGGAGAGGAAGUUACUGUUACAGUACCAGUCACAACAGGAGUCACAGAUGGAGAUGGAAACAUAGUUGAUACUACAUCAGGUGAACCUACCAUAGUUGGUGAUAUAACCAUUGAGGAGAAUAAUGAUCAAGGCACAUUUACAUUAACAGAUGGAUCAUCUGAUACUACCAUUUCAAUAAAUGGAGUUGGUGUUUCUGAUAGUGAUGGAAAUUCUGUCAAUGUUUCACCAGGAGAGAGUACAACGAUUGGUGAUUUGACUAUUACUCAUGUUGAUGGUGACUCUUGGCAAGUAACUGAUGGAUCCUCUGGAACUGAGGUGACUGUCACUGUCCCAAUACCUGAUACUACUGGGGCAACUGAUACUUCAGGAAAUCCAAUAGAUCUAACAUCUGAGGAUGGUGCAACUGUAGGUGAUAUGACAAUCUCUCAAGAUAGUGAUGACACAAUUACAGUUACAGAUGGAUCAUCCAGUACCAGUUUAACAAUCACAGACUCAGGAAUAGUUGAUGGCAAUGGCAAUGUGAUUGAUAUUCCAGUUGAUGAAAGCAUUACCAUUGGUGAUGUAACAAUAACUCGUAUCAAUGAUGAUACAGUCAUCAUAUCUGAUGGAUCAUCUGGAAGUGAGGUUGCAGUAACUGUUGUUUCAACUCCAGGCAUUACUGAUGUUGAUGGAAACGAGAUCACUCUCACACAAGAAGAUGUUGCAACACUUGGCAAUGUUAGCAUUGGAACUCAGAAUGGUGGAAAUACAUUCUCAGUAUCUGAUACUUCCGGAACCAAUGUAACAGUUACGAUACUUGGUAUCACGGAUGAGGAUGGAAAUGUCAUAGAUCUUUCACCAGGAGAAAAUACAACAGUUGGUGAUGUAACUAUAACAAAAGUGGAUGAUGAUACUUAUACUGUAACUGAUGGAUCUACUGGAAGCACUGUGACUGUAACACUUACAAAGCCAACUUCCACUGGUGUCACUGACCAUGAAGGCAAUAAUGUUGAUAUCACUUCAGAUGGUGGUGCAACAGUUGGUGACCUGGAAAUUACAUCAAAUGAGGAAGAGAGUGAGAUUACAGUAUCUGAUGGCUCCGGCAAUACAAUAACAGUCACUGGAACUGGUGUCACCGAUACAGAUGGUAAUGUAAUAGAUCUUCCUAAGGGAGAAAAUACAACAAUAGGUGAUGUUACAAUUGAGCAUGUGUAUGAUGACACAUAUGUUGUAACUGAUGGCUCAACUGGAAGUGAAGUUGCAGUGACUGUAGUAACAACACCUGGUGUUACAGAUGGUUCUGGUAAUUCUGUAAACUUAACAUCUGAAACAGUUUCAACAGUUGGAGAUAUCAAUAUCAUGACUCAAAAUGAUGGGAACUCAUACACUGUUGGUGGUAGUUCUUCAAACACAAACGAUACAGUUCAUGUUGGAGGAACAGGUGUCACUGAUGGAGAAGGUAAUGUUAUUGAUAUGAAGGAAGGUGAUAGCACAACAAUUGGUAAUGUAACAAUUACUAAACUUGAUGAUGACACUUACUCACUUGUUGAUGAUUUAACAGGUGAUGAGGUUAUUGUCACUGUUGAUGUACCUACAUCCACUGGUGUCACAGAUGCAGAUGGAAAUGUAAUUGAUCUAGAGUCUGGUGGAACUACAACAGUUGGUGAUAUCUCCAUUACAGAAUCUGGAGAUGGAGAGUCAUUUACUGUUACUGAUGGAUCAUCAGACACUACUAUUGUAGUAACUGAAUCUGGUGUGACUGAUGAAAAUGGCAAUUCUAUUGACCUUCCUACUGGAAACAGCACAACAAUUGGUGAUAUUACCGUCAGUCAUGUAAAUGAUGACACAGUGGUUGUAACCGAUGGCUCUUCUGGAAGUCAGGUUGCAGUGACAGUGGUUACAACAUCUACACCAGGUGUCACUGAUGAAACUGGUGAUGCAGUUGACCUAACGCCAGAAGAAGUUGCAACUGUUGGAGAUAUGACCAUUGUCAAUCAGAAUGAUGGAAACACCACAACAGUAUCUUCUGGGGACACUGAUUUGACAAUUACAGGAACAGGAAUUACAGAUCAAGAUGGCAAUUCAAUAAAUCUCACACCAGGAGCAAAUAUCACUGUCGGUGAUAUAACUGUCAACAAAAUUGAUGAUGACACCGUUGUUGUACAAGAUGGAAAUGGCAAUGAAGUAACAAUCACUGUAUCCCUACCUACAACAACUGGAUUAACAGAUGAAUCUGGUAAUCCCAUUGAUAUCUCAACUGGCGAUAGUACAACUGUUGGUGAUAUUAGUGUUACCCAAGAUUCAGAUUCCUCAUUUAUGCUUGAAGGUCCAUCUGGCACUAGUGUUUCAAUUAAUGAAAAUGGCUUAGUUGUAGAUGGUAAUCAAGUGGAUCUGAACCAAGGAGAUGGAAUUGAAGCUUCAGAACUGAACAUCACUAGACCUCUUGAUGACACAUAUGUUAUAUCUACUGGUUCUUCUGAAGUUGCAGUUACUGUUGUAACACCACCUGGCAUUACAGAUGAAGAUGGUAAUGAUGUAACUCUCUCACCAGAAACAGUGGCAAAUGUAGGUGAUAUGGAGGUUGUCACUCAGAAUGAUGGCAACACUAAUGUCAUCUCAGAUGGCUCUGGCAAUGAAGUAACCAUAACAUCAACAGGUGUACUUGAUGGUGAUGGAAAUGUAGUUGACAUUACACUUGGUGAAACAACAACAGUUGGUGUUAUGACUGUUACACAGACUGAUGACGAUACUUAUGUUGUAACAGGUCCUACUGGUGACGAGGUUACUGUCACACUUGAUAUACCAACAACAACAGGGGUAACUGAUUUGAAUGGUAAUCCCAUUGAUACAUCAUCUGGUGAUGGUGCUUCAGUUGGUGAUAUGACCAUAUCCCAAGAUGGUGAUGACACAAUCACAGUAACUGAUGACUCAACUGGUAAUACUGUCACAAUCACAAAUGAAGGAAUAACUGAUGAAAAUGGUAACACAGUCGAUCUUGCUCCUGGUGAGCAGACUACAAUUGGUAAUAUCACGAUUCAUCAAGUUCAUGAUAACACUGUUGUGAUAACUGAUGGGUCUGGUAAUGAGGCAGCUGUUACUGUUUCUACACCAUCUUCACCUGGUCUAACAGACUCUGAUGGAAAUACAGUAGAGUUGGUUUCGGAACAAGUUGCAUCAGUUGGUAACAUGACUCUGACAUCACAGGAUGAUGGUACAACAUACACAAUAGACAGUACAACAACUAAUAGCUCUAUAACUAUAAGAGGAACUGGUAUCACUGAUGCUGAUGGUAACUUGAUUAAUCUCACACCAGGAACAAAUGUAACAUCUGGAAAUGUGACUAUCACUCAAGUAGAUGAAAACACCUAUGUGAUUACUGAUGGAACAUCUGGAAGUGAAGUUACAGUUUCAGUUCCAUUGCAACACCAAACUGGCACAACAGACUUAGAUGGCAAUGAAAUUGUUGUUACAAAAGAUGAUGAUGCUACAGUUGGAGAUUUGACCAUUUCUCAAGACAAGAGUGAAACAUACACAAUAACUGAUGGUUCCUCUGGUAGCAGUGUUACAUUUACUAGCAGUGGUAUCACUGAUGGAGAUGGUAAUACACACAAUCUGGCUCCUGGAGAGAACAUCACAAUUGGAGAUGUAACAAUCUAUAAGACUCAUGAUGACACCUAUGUUGUAAUGGAUGGUUCAUCUGGAAGUGAAGUUGUUGUGACUGUCAUUCCACUUGUUUCCACUACUGUGACAGAUGAGAAUGGCAACACACAUGAACUGUCUGUUGGGGAAAGUGCUACUGUUGGUGAUAUCACCAUCACACAAGAUGAUGAAACCACAUAUUCUGUGUCUGAUGGUACCUCAACAGGUAAUAUAACAGUUACAAGUUCUGGAAUAACCGAUAGCAAUGAUAACCCAGUUAACCUUGUACCAGGUACACAGGCCAUAGUCGGAGAUCUGACUAUCACUCAAGUUGAUGAAGAUACCUAUGUUAUAAUUGAUGGGUCUAGAAAUGAAAUUACAAUAACAUCUCCUGAACCUCCAGUUUUGGAUACUGUCUUAACUGAUGAAUCUGGUAAUGUAGUAACUACAGUGCCAGAGGAUGUUGCAAAUAUAGGAAAUAUGACUUUUGUAACACAAGACGGCGGAGACUCCUAUUCAGUUAUGGAUAAGACUACAGGUAGCUCUGUUACAGUUGCUGGGACAGGCAUCACUGAUGGUAGUGGUAAUCCAGUUGACCUCUCACCAGGGGAAACAAUAACUGUUGACAAUAUUACUAUAACACAAGUAGAUGAGGACACAUACACUGUUACUGACUCAUCAGGAACUGAGGUUGUAGUUGAGGUCACAAUACCUUCAUCAUUUGUAAAGGAUGGCAAUGGCACUGUGGUCGAUCUAUCAUCAGGUGAAGAGGCAACAGUUGGUAACUUGACUAUCAGUCAAGAAGACACAGAUUCUUAUUCAAUUGUUGGUGACUCUGGUAAUGCUGUUAUAGUCAAUGGAAGUGGAGUGAUAGAUAGUAAUGGCAACACAAUUGACCUUUCACCAGGAGGAGAUACGACCGUCGAUGGAGUAACAAUCACCAAGGUUGAUGAGGAUACCGUCGUGAUAACUGAUGAAUCAACUGGCAGCAAUGUAACAGUUACAAUAAAUACUCCAACUGAACCUGGUGUAACUGACAAUGAUGGAAAUCCAAUUGAUUUAUCUUCUGGAGAUACAUCAACAGUCGGUGGUAUAUCAAUCACUCAAGAAUCUGAUUCUGGAGAUGAAGGAAACACUGAUGGAGAGACAUCAUUUAGUGUUGGUGAUAGCUUAUCUGGAGAAACUUCUACUAUAACUGGCUCUGGUGUCACUGACAGCAAUGGUAAUACAGUUGACCUGUCACCAGGUGAACAAACUACCGUUGGUGAUGUAACAAUAGAAAAACAGGAUGAUGAAACAUACAUUGUAACUGAUGAAGAUGGGAACCAAGUGAUCAUUACUGUCCCAGAAACUCCUGCCCCAGGUAGUGAUACAGAUACACUUCUUACUGAUGAAUCAGUAAAUACUGGUUCAGGGGAUACAAUUUCAGUUACAGGUACAGGUGUUAUUGAUAGUGAUGGUAAUGUCAUACCAAUCACAACAGGGGUGAAUACAACAAUUGAUGAUGUCACUCUGACAAAGUUGGAUGAUGACACAUUUGUAUUAACUGACAAUGCAACAGGAAGUGUAGUAAUUGUUACAGUUGAUGUACCUCUCACAUUUAUAACUGAUGAAAAUGGCAAUGUUGUUGAUAUCUCAACUGAUGGAAGCACCACUGUUGGUGACAUGACUGUCGAUCAAGACAGUCAUGAAGAAGGUGGAGAUACCUACACAAUAUCAGAUGGUUCGUCAGGAGAGACUGUUACAGUUACAGGUAAAGGUAUCACUGAUGCUAAUGGUAUUCCUAUUGAAACAACGGUAGGUGAGAAUGUAACAGUUGGUGAUGUGACAAUCACACAAGUUGAUGAAGACACAUAUACCAUAACUGAUGGAUCAUCAGGAAGUGUGAUUACAGUGACUGUUACACCACCACCUCCACCCACAACAGUCCUUACAGAUGAAUCUGGAAAUGUUGUUAAUCUUACAUCCACAGAAGUUGCAAAUGUAGGAGACUUGACUAUUGCUACUGAUGAUGGUGGUGAUAGUUUCACUGUUGAUGGUGGAUCAUCUGGUUCAUCUGUAACUAUAACUCAGACUGGAGUAACUGUUACUACACCACCAACAGAAGGUGGUGUAACUGAUGGAAAUGGCAACCCUGUUGAUGUAACACCUGGCGACCCUACAACAGUUGGAGAUAUUACAAUUACUCAAGAAGCAGAUUCUGGAACUGGAGAUGCUACAGGUACAUCAUUCACAGUUGGUGAUAGUUCUUCUGGGGAAACCAUAACUAUAACUGGUUCUGGCAUUACUGACAGCAAUGGUGAGACAGUUACCCUUGCUCCAGGAGAGAAUGUAACAGUUGGAGACAUAACCAUUGAGAGGCAGGAUGAUGGAACAUACGUUGCAACAGAUGGAUCUGGUAAUGAAGUAACAGUCACAGUUCCAGAAACGCCUGGUGUCACUGAUCAAGAUGGAAACACUAUUGAUCUUUCAGAUGGAGGCUCCGCAAUUGGUGAUAUAACAAUUACUCAGGGAACUGAUACUGUUAGUGGAGAUAGUGAAUUCACAGUUGGUGAUAGCUCUUCUGGAGAAUCUGCAACUAUAACUGGUUCUGGUGUUACUGACAGCAACGGUAAUGUGGUUAACCUGUCACCAGGUGAACAAAUUACAGUUGGUGAUGUAACAAUUGAGAGACAGGAUGAUGACACAUACAUUGUUACUGAUGGAGAUGGCAACCAAGUGACUGUGACAGUACCAGAAACUGGUAGUGAUCUAGAUCUAUCACCUGGUCAGACUACAACAAUAGGAGGUGUAACAGUUCAACAGACCGGUGAUAAUACCUAUGUUGUUACAUCACCAUCUGGAGAUGAAGUAACUGUUACAGUACCACCAUCACCUGAUAUAACGGAUGGAGAUGGAAACCCAGUAGAUGUCACACCUGGAUCAAGCAGUACAGUCGGAGAUAUGACAAUUACUCAGAAUUCUGGAACAAGUUUCUCAGUAGUUGAUGGCUCAUCAGACAGUAAUAUCACAGUUACUGAUUCAGGAAUCAUUGGAAGUGAUGGUAAUAUCAUCAACAUUCCAACAGGAACAAGUAUUACUGAUGGUGAUUUGACUAUCACACGUGUUGAUGAAGACACUUAUGUGAUAACUGACUCAUCCUCAGAUAGUGACAUCACAGUAAAUGUUCAUAUUUCUGAAGUUACUGAUCCAGUUAUCACAGACCAACAAGGAAAUACAGUUGAUCUCAUAUCAGGAGAAAGUACAACUGUUGGAGAUAUAACUGUCACACCAAGUGAUGGAGAUAAUAUUGUUAUUGGGGAUGCUUCAGCCAACAGCUCUGUUACCAUUACAGGAACAGGUGUAACUGAUACCAAUGGUGAUGUCAUCAAUACUGCACCAGGAACUAGUGUAACAGUUGGCGAUAUCACUGUAACUCGUGUUGAUGAUGACACAUAUGUUAUCACAGAUGAAGAAGGCAGUGCAGUCACAGUCACAGUUCCAGUAACAACAACUAAUGAAACAGUUAUUACUGACCAACAAGGAAAUGUGAUUGAUACUUCAUCAGGUGAUGCAACAGUUGGUGACAUAACCAUAUCGCAACCUGGAGGAAAUGAUGGCACAGUCUCAAUAACUGAUGGAUCAUCCGGUAGCAACAUCACAAUUACAGGAACUGGAAUUACUGAUACUAAUGGAACUCUGAUUAAUAUUGCACCAGGUAGUGAUGCAACAGUUGGCGAUGUAACUAUAACACGUAUUGACGAUGACACAUAUGUUGUUUAUGAUAAUUCCUCUGAUAGUGGUGUCACAGUAGAUGUACCCCCUACAACAGAAACAGAAUCAUCUAUUGUUGAUGCAAAUGGAAAUCCAGUUGACUUGGUAUCAGAGAAAGUAGCAACAGUUGGUAAUAUGUCCAUUACACAAAAUUAUGGACAAAAUUAUUCAAUUAACACUGGGUCCUCUGAUGGUACAGUCACAGUAACAACCUCUGGUGUAACGGAUGCUAAUGGUAACACUGUCAGUAUCUCAAUUGGAGAAAAUAUAACCAUUGGUGAUAUAGUCAUUACCAAAACUGAUGAUAUCACUUAUAAUGUAAAUGAUACUGCAACUGGAAGUGAAGUUGAUGUCACUGUAGUGCCAACUACUAUAACUGGUGAUGAUGGAAGUACUAUUGAUCUUACAUCUGGUGAUGCAACUGUUGGUGACUUAACCAUUAGCCAAGGUGAUGAUGAUAUAAUCACUGUCUCUGAUGGUUCAAAUACUAUUACAGUUACAGAAACAGGUAUCACAAAUAGCAAUGGUGAUAUCAUCACUGUAUCAUCAGGUGGUACAACGACUGAUGGUGAUAUUACAGUUACACGUGUUGAUGAAGAUACAUAUAUAAUAGAUGAUGGCUCUGGCAAUCAAGUAACUGUAACCGUCCCACGGUCAACUGAUACAGAAACAGUUAUAACUGAUGAACAAGGUAAUGUGAUUGAUGUAUCAUCUGGAGGUAGUACAACUAUUGGAGAUAUGACUAUCACAGAAGGUGAAGGAGAUUCAUACACAAUAACUGAUGAGACUACUGGAGACAGUUUAUCUGUUACAGGAGCUGGAAUCAUUGAUAAUGAUGGUAAUGUUGUCACCAUACCAUCUGGAGUCAGUGAUGGUGUUGGUGAUGUCACAGUUUCUCGCGUUGAUGAGGAUACAUAUGUAAUAAUUGAUUCCUCAUCUGGUGGUGAGAUAAUUGUCAAUAUACCUACAUCAACAACAGAUGAAACUAGUGUUACUGAUGCACAGGGUAAUCCUAUUGUUGUUCCUGAUGGAGGAACUACCGUCAUUGGUGAUGUAAGUGUCUCAACUGAUGGUAAUACUACCUCAAUAACUGAUGGUUCUUCUGAUACCACUGUUGUUGUAACUGAAUCAGGCAUCACUAGCUCUGAUGGCAAUGUUGUUACCAUUCCACCAGGCACAAGCACAACUGAUGGUGAUAUUACCAUUACUAGAGUGGAUGAAGACACAUAUACAAUAGAUGAUGGAUCUGGCAAUGUGAUCACAGUCAGUGUUCCCUCAACAUCAACAACAGAAACAGCAAUUGUUGACCAACAGGGUAAUGUACUGAAUAUAUCAUCCGGAUCAAAUCAAACUGUUGGAGAUUUGACUUUGGCACCAAGUGAUGGAGACUCAUACACUAUUACUGAUGGAACUUCUGAUACAACUAUCAAUGUGACACAAACUGGAAUAACCACAAGCGAUGGAACCAAUGUAAAUAUUUCUCCUGGAGGUAGUACAACAGAUGGUGACAUCACUAUAACCAGAGUGGAUGAUAAUACUUACACAAUUGAGGAUGGAUCAUCAGGAAGUGGGGUCACAGUUAAUGUGCCUUCAACUGAAACUGGUGGCCUAACUGACUCAAAUGGUAACACUGUUGAUGUCACUGUACAAGAGACUGCAACACUUGGUAACAUGAGUAUUACACAUGGUGAUGGUGACUCCAUAACAGUAACUGAUAGUUCAUCCGGAGACUCAUUUGCAAUAACAGUAACAGGCAUCACUAAUAUGAUAGGUAGUGUAAUCAAUAUCUCACCAGGAACAUCAACAACAAUUGGUGGGAUUACAAUCUACCGUGUAGAUGGAGAUACCUAUGUUAUAACAGAUGAAUCAACUAUGACUCAAGUAACAGUUACAGUGGUUACAACUACAGUGACAAAUAUCAUAUCUGGUUUGUUGGGAGGAGAUGGAAACCAAAUUGAUCUCACCUCACAGGAAACUGGAUCAGUAGGUGACUUGAUUGUUACACAUGAUGAAACUGGUUCAUAUGAAAUAACUGAUGAGUCAGGCAAUUCAGUUGAUAUCACAGAAUCUGGCAGAAUCACAGAUGAGAAUGGAAAUACAAUUGACAUUUCUGUAGGAGGAACUGUAACAAUAGGAGAUGUAACUAUCACUCAAGUUGAUUCAACAACUUAUCUGGUCACAGAUGGAUCUGGUAAUGAGUUAACAGUUACAAUAACACCACCUGAAGAGCCAGAUACAGGGUUAACUGAUGAAAAUGGCGAUACAGUUAGUGCUGUGUCACAGGAAACAGCAAAUGUUGGUAACCUAACAAUUGUUCACAGUGACAAUGGUACUUAUUCAAUAUCUGGUGAAUCUGGAAAUGCUAUUCAAGUCACAGGCUCAGGUUUAACUGAUCAGAAUGGAGAUUCACUUGAUCUGACUUCUGGCACCACCACAAUAGGUGAUGUUACAAUAACCCAGGUAGAUGAGGCAACAUACACAGUCACAGAUGCCAAUGGAAAUGAUGUGACAGUCACUGUUGUGCCAACUUCUGGUCUGACUGAUGCCGAUGGUAACCCUGUUGGUACUGAAUCUCGUGAAAGUGCAACAAUUGGUGACCUAACCAUAUCUGAACAAACAGGUGGCAGUUAUUUAGUUACUGAUAAGUAUACUGGAUACUCCAUAACAAUCACCAUAAUUGGUGUUCAAGAUAUACUUGGAAAUCCAAUUAAUCUUGAAACAGGAACAUCUGUUACCCUCUUUGGAUGGACCAUUUAUCGAGUGAGCAUUAAUGUGUAUAUAAUCACUGACUCAUCUGGAAAUGAAGUAACAAUCACAACACCAACUCCAGAAAGUGACUCCAUUGAAGGAGGAACAACAGCUGAAGAUGUUACAAGCAUUGGUCAACUUGACAUGACUGAUAUCAUUCAAAUUGUACAAACAAGCUUUGCUGUUCCAGCAAAUGAUUCAACAUUUGUGUAUGAAUACAUAGGCCCAGAUAAUGUAUCCUAUUCUGAAGAACAGGUGUUCACUGGUGAUGAUAUCCUUGGUAAAUUGCCUGAGACUAACAUUAAUCCAGACUAUGUUGAACCUGAACCCGAACCAAAACCAGAGGAGCCUGAACCCAUUAAGACUCCAUACUACGCUGCAUUUAUUGGACAAGGACAUAUACAGAGCUUUGAUGGCACCUUGUACGAAUUUACAACACCUGGAGAAUAUUACUUCAUAAGGUCAACUAACACCAUUAAAAACCCAGAUAUUAAGAUCUUCACUGAAACUUGCCAGGGAGGAGCAAACUGCCUCAAGGCAGUGUCCUUUGAGCAAAAUGGAGAACAGUUGAUCGUUAGAGGUGCAUACACUGAUAGUGAUCCAGCUGUUAUCUUCGUGAAUGGUGUUGAAGACACAACUGGUUUGAAAGAUAUUGUGACAGCUAACUUCAAUCUGACAAUGGAUGGAUUUGGUAUUUACACGCUGAUAACAUCUACUGGUAUUGAAAUCAAAAUCAGAUCUAACAACCAGUACCUCAGUAUUAUGACCAAAGUGCCUGAAUAUCAAACUGGUAAGAUAAAUUCAAUUGCUGGAAUGGUUGACACCACGGGCAAUAAUACUGCUGACUUCCCUAUGGAGCCAGAAGAUCUUGUUGUUUCACUAAAUGAAGCUGCAUUUGAAAUUCUGUAUUCUAACACAACAACUUUCCAUGAGGAGAAGGACGCUGGAGACAACUCUGGAUACUGUGUUGUAUUGAAUGAUGCUGUCAUGGCAACCAGUAUAAUUGAUGAUCUAUUCAUACCAGAUGUAGAUAUCACCGUAGAGCUCUUUGUGAAACCAUUCUCAGAUGUAGGUACAAUACUGGCAUACAGUUAUGAAUCAACAUUUGUGAUAUACCUUAAUGGCACUCUGAAGGUGCAAGUUGGUACGCAGAUAUUUGAUUCUCAGUUUGUUCUUGAUACUGGUGUUUGGUGGAGGAUUAUGACUGUGUAUGAGUCCAGGAAGAACAUUAUGAUGAUAUAUCUUGUCUCAUCUACUGGUGCAACCAAAUACAGGACAUUCAACAUUGAUGAUGGCAAUCUUAAUGCAUUCACAGCUGGUGGUACUGUUGUCAUGGGACAAUGGAUGCCAGCUUUUGAUGACACUAUUCCAUUGCCUCCUAAAGAACCAUACCAUGGAGCUCUUGAUCAGGUUCAUAUUUGGCACAAGGCUUUCUCAUAUUCAGAGAUCACCUAUAGUGCUAGACAGAGUACACGUCUUCUGGAGGAAGGAACAGUUGCAUAUUGGUCAUUCAAUGAAGGCAAAGGAUUCAGAGUUGAUGACUCAUUGGGUGAUUCAGAUCUAAUGAUAAUUACAUUCUAUGGUGUCACAUGGCAGUUCUGCUAUGCCCCUAUUGGAGCUGAACCAAUCAGUGAAUCAUAUUCAUUUGAUGAUCCUGUUCUUGAGGCUUCUGCUGAUAACCUUUGUACAACUGGAAUCAACACCAUUAAGGCAGUUGCUGAGGCCUCUCUUGGAAGCGCUGUGUUCCAGUACUACAAAGCAGUUUGCAUGCUACAGGUUGCUGUAUCUGGAGAUUUGGUAACUUCAACUGAUGUUAUAGUACCAUUAGCUGACUUGAUUCAAUUGGCACUUGAUCUGGAUGAAUCACCUAUUCAGUCACUAUGUGCUUUAUAUGAUGUUGGAUUCCUUGGAGCAAACUGUGACAUUCCAUGCAAACAUCCUGAUGGUGUGAAUACUGAUACAUGUGUUUGUGCCGCUGGCUAUGCAGGUGUAGAGUGUGAUGAAGUCUGCCCUGGAGGUUACAUGAACCCUUGUAGUGGACAUGGUGUCUGCGUUGCUGAAACCAGCUCUUGUGAUUGCAGUAUCAACUGGGGUGGUAAUGACAACUGCUCUGCUUGCUCUGAAGGAUGGAUCGGUGACCAAUGUACAGAGACUGAACUGGAAGCAGAGGCUCCAUACACAUGCAGUGCAUUUGAAGGAUACUUCAAAUUAUUCAGUGAUGAAAUCUUGAAGCAUACAAAGAAUGCAGCUAUGCCAUUGUACUCUGAUCCAGUGAAGAGAUUCACUGUGGUAGUCUGGCAAGAGGCUUGUCCUGAAAGAGAUGUCUGCAUUAAAAAUGUUGGUAUCCGUAUCGGCAAUAGCAUCUUUGAAACCAACAUGAACCAUAACUCAUCAGAUCUCACAUUGAAUCACAUUCCAGUCACUGUUGAUAAGAUGACGGUUGAUGGAUACACAAUCAAGAGGGAUUCAGCCUAUUCUAUAACUGUAGAUAGCCCUGAUGCCAUUGCAUUGAGAAUACGCAGAUUGAAUACUUCACUUAGUGUUCACUUCACCCUUGCAUCAGAGUCCCAAUGCUUGGAGAGUUACGGCAUAUGUGGACACUGUGAUCCAAAGGACUAUUGUGAUCCUGUAGAUAGAUCUUGUCAUUUGGAUAAUGAUUUCCAAGUGGUUGCUAACUUGCCUGAUACAACUGAAGGGAGUGAUGCUUCUGCUAAUACAUCAGUCUCACUCAAUGUUUCAACUGCUGAGGUCAUAGAAUAUUCUGUAUAUCUUGAUAAUUGUGGAUUGGCAUCACUACCUGUAGAGAACCUUCUUUCUAGUGAGUACAUCACAAUGGAGAUGGUGAUCAAACCAAUGAAUACAACAACAUCAGCUCAUGCAAGUGGAACACUCAUGUCAUUUACAAAGUAUGACACGUUUGGAUUCGCACUAGAUGAGGGUGAGAUUACAAUUCACAAACCAGAUGGCACUAAGAUUAACUCUGGUAUGUCAGUCACAACAGGAAUGUGGGGACAGGUGUCAUUCAGUUUACACAUUGAGACUGGUGAGAUGCUGCUUCAUUAUGUAAAUGCUGACAUGGUACCACGCUAUAAGCUCAUCAAUGUUGGUGUUGAUAUAUUCCCUGCAGCUGGCACUAUUGCUCUUGGUAAAUGGCAAUUGUCAGGAUCUAGUAAUGAUAACAACCGACCAACAGCACAAUACAGAGGCUACUUUAACAGAUUCGCCAUCUGGGGCUCCAAUUUUGGACCAGCUGAACUAUUGCAACACUUUAGAAGAACAAUAGUGAAGACAGAGAGUGAACUUUUGGCACUGUUGAUGUUCAAUGAAGGAAAUGGUAAACACACAUUUGAUGCACUGGCCACAUUGAAGAUGACCUUUAUGUGCAGUGAUCCUGAUGUCUGGCAAGCCAAUGAGAGCCCUGAGUAUAUAACUGAGGGUGAUUCUGUGAACAUGAUGAUGGACUUCAGUGAUCCUGCACUACUAGAGCAGGCCAAUGCAACAUGUAUGGCAUUGUUCUAUAAAGGACCAAUAUUUGUCCAAUGUCAAUAUCUACCUGUAAGUCUGAACUAUUACUACAUGCAAUGUCUAAUGGAUAUCUCUGAAACUGGUGACCUAGAAGCUGGUUUUGAUUCUGUUAUCAAAUUCGCUGACAAGUGCCAAGACAUCAUGAGUAUGAAGAACUGGCCAGCACAAGAACUCUGUAACGAUUUCCCCAACAAGGCCUUCCCAACUUGGACUGGAGAAAACUGCACAGUGGAGUGCUUACAUGGCAGUCCCCAUCAACCUACCAAGACAUGUCUAUGUGAUAGUGGCUACAGUGGUCUGACUUGUGAUAUUACAUGCCCUGGAGAAGGGACUCCAUGUUCCGGCCAUGGUGUGUGUGAACAGACAACUGCAACCUGUCUCUGUGACAAGAACUGGGCCGGCAACUCCAUUUGUUCCAACUGUUCUGCAGACUACAUUGGAGAUGACUGUGCUAUAUUCAAACCACAAUUGCCACCAGGACUGAAGACAACAUGUUCGACUGGAGUGAAUGGUGACAUCAUGAACUACUUGUAUAAUGGUAUCACUGUGCCUUCAGCUGGAACAUACUCACUAACAAAGAUGGACAAUCUGGACAUUCAGGUAAUCAUGCGUUCAUGCAGUGAAGGCCUGUGUAUUGUGGGAGUUGCCCUUAAGUUCCACAACCGCCUGGUUACCUUGGAGUUAGUGAGCCAGUACAGUGGUCAGCUCAAGAUCGAUGGUACAAUCAUCACAUCUGCUAGCCCUCUUGAAAUAGCAGUGAAUGGAGGAUGCAGUAUCAAAUUCAGCAAACCCCAGAAUCUUGCCUAUAGGUUCCAGAUUCCUGAGCUCAGUAUGACUUACACUGUGUAUACAUUCAAGACUCGUCUACAUAACAUCCUCGAGGUGUCGAACUUUGUAUGCUGUGGUAACGAGAUCGGUGGUUUAUGUGGAAGCUGCUCUGACUGUGAAUCUGACCAAGGUCUCCCAUGUGUUUUGUAUGGUGAUCUUCCAGUAUCAGAGGGCUCACAAGUAACCACUGUGCCAACUGCUGCUCCAGUGAUAUGUCCAAGAUUUGAAGACUGCACAACCCAGAGUGAAAUCGAAGAAUUCAUCGCCUGUAACUCUGUUGGUGGUAACAAUAGUCACUUUGGCAAUUUAUCCAUUUGGGAUACAGAGCUGGGUGGCGGGUACACAUUGUGCUUUGACAGAUCAUCGGCUAUUGCCAAGAAUGUCAACUUUGAGAAUAAUGUAGAUGGUUCUGCCACCAUUGAGCUUCUUGUCCGCACUUGCAGUGCUGCUUCAUGUCAAGGAACUAUAUUGUCAUAUUCCAACACCAAGACAUUUGCAGUAAUGCACAAGGGUCCAGUACUGGAGAUUCACCUUGGUGAAGAUGUUCAGUAUGUGGAUAUUGCCUUGGAGAACCUUGAAUGGAACCAGUUGUCUCUUACAUAUGACAGUGAAAGUAUGACCUUAGAUGUCUAUGUAAUGGACAACAAUGGAAUAGCGAGCAGAAGAAUCCUGACAAUGGCUGAAAAUCCAUUCGUAUCCGGUGGCAACCUUGCGUUGGGUAGAUGGAUGUCUGCAGCUGGUAGCAGUGAGACAAGGACUGUGGAUGAACAGAUUGCGGAUCACUUCACAGGAUGCAUGGAUGAACUCCGCAUUUGGAACAGAUGGUUCCACAAUCUGGAGGUUGAGACUCACUGGAACACCAACUGGAAGUCUCCUCUUGAUGGAUUGGAGUAUUUGUGGAAGUUUGAUGAUGCAGCAGGUAUUGUGAGCUAUGAUGAGGUAUCUUUGGCACCAAUGGCUGUCCCUGAGAGGCCCUUCAAGGCACCUGAGAACUCCCUCUCUGAUGCCCCUGUACCAAAGGAUGAAGAUAGCACGGAACUAGUUCCCUAUACCGUCACCAUUGAUACAAGUGGCAAAAACAAUACCAGCAAGAGAAGGAGGAGAUCUACUAGUGAGGGACCUCUGACUCGAGAUGCAAUCUUUGACUUCUGCGAUUUCUUAUUUGUUGAGAGCGAACUUGCAACUACAUGUGCACCGUUGGGAGCAUCAAAACAACAAGACUACUUCUACCAGUGUGUAUCCAACCUGUACUUCACUGAUGACAAAGAUUCAGCAUUUGAUCCCAUGUUGGCUUAUGCUAUGGAAUGUAUGGCAUCAUUAGGCUUGGCAACCAACCCUGCUCAGUCCUUAUGUAAUGCAUUUGGACCCAGUGUUGACUUCCCAGGAUGGAUUGGAUCAUACUGUGACAUCCCAUGUGUAUUUGGUGGACCCCAUGCUGAUAAUAGCUCUGUGUGCUCAUGCCAUUAUGGCUACUGGGGUGAAUCCUGCAACUCUACUUGUCCUGGUGGAGAUGAUUUGGAGACCUCAUGCUCUGGCUAUGGAACAUGCGAUGUGGCUAUGGGAGCAUGUGACUGCCCAGUGAACCGUAUGGGAGCCCCUGACUGUAGCAACUGUACAUCUGGAUGGUAUGGCGAUGAUUGUUCAUUCAUUAUCAACCCAUCUCCUUCUUCAGCAAGCCAUGGUGUAGCCAAGCUGACUGAUAAGGGACAUGUGUAUACAUUGGAUGGAGUAAGCUUCGUCACAAAUGUCUAUGGAGAAUACCACUUGAUGAACAUCAACUCUAACAUCCUCCUUCAAGGAAAGCUUAUCAAAUGUUACCAGAACUCAUCAUGCGUGACCAACUUGGCUAUUGCAUUGGGAGAUGGUACCACCAAACAUGGCAAGCUCAGUAUCCACACCAGUUCAGAUAGGGCCCCAAGAGCAGAUGUCUACAUCAAUGAUGUCCUACAUGAUAGCGAUGCUGAUGUCUACUUCAAGGGCUUCUAUGUGAAGAGAUUAUCUGUUGAUGAAGUCAGUAUUGUUGCAACUAUCACCCAAGGUGAAGUGAGAAUGGUUGUGAGAACUGUUGGUAUUUACUUACAUCUCACAGUCUACCUCCCCAGAGAAGUUAUUGGAACAACUAAGGGUAUUCUCAGUGGAACAGGAUCUGACGAUGCGGAUAUUAUUCAGCGUCAUAUUGUGUACUCAACUGGGUAUCCCUCUUCUGUAGGCUUAUGCUCAACAUCCUUGACCCUGCAAACACCACAAAUGACACCCCAGGCUGGCACCAUCUCUGCAAAUGCAUUGUUUGCCCCUGUACAACCACCAGUAACAGACCCCAUCACAGACACCACCCUGAACGCAUACUGCUCUCUAUGGGAAAUGUUAUCCUGUGAUUCCCUGAUCAUCUUUGAUGACCAGACCAAUAGGGAUCAAGGCCAAGGUGGAUUUGCUAUGAACUUUGAUGGAACAACAAUUACAUCUGACUCCAAGAUAACUGAGAUUCUGACGGCAAAUGUGUCCAUUGAAUUCCUUGUUAAGGUUGAAUCAGAUGGUGUUCUUCUGUCAUACACCAAUGAUGCCUCAUUUGCCAUUGUCACUUCCACAACUGUUAGAAUGACUGUUGGAACAACAUCAUACGACUCUGGUCUUGCACUGGAAUCUGGUGUAUGGAACAAGUUUGUGAUGUCAUACGAAGGCAAGACUGGCAAAACUGAUGUUUUCAUCUUCAAUCAAAACGGCACAGUAGAGAGAACAGCUCUAACCUUACCUAGCGAUCUAUUUGAGAAUGCUGGUAUGCUUGCUCUUGGACAGUGGAUGGCGCCAAAUGAUGGAGAAGGUUAUAACAUCCCAGCAGGUUUUACUGGACAGCUUGACAAUCUCCGUAUCUGGAAUAUUCUCAUUGAGCCAACAUACAUCUAUGAUGUCUGGGACAUGAACAUUGCUGAAGCCACAGCUACUAUCACUGGCGCAUGGGACUUCAAUGAAGGACAAGGCUAUGCUGUAGAUUCCUACAACUCUGACCUCAUAUUUGAACUACCUGGUAAAUCCUGGUCUAAACCAGAAUGGGUAGCAUCAGAUGCACCAGAAAUGGUCACUAUUGGUCAAAAUGGACUCUACACUACAUUUGCUGACCCCGAACUCAAGAAACUUGCAAGAGUGAAAUGUCAAAGCUUACUGACUGGUGUAACAUGUACUGGCAUCUCUGCAAGUGUGGCUGAACUGUUCCUACUUGAAUGUGAACGAGAUGUCAUAUUGAGUAGAAAUACCAACAAUGCCUACACUACUAUGUAUGACUAUGCUGAUGUAUGUGAGAACACUCUCGAACUUAGCACAUGGCCAGCUGUAGAUGUAUGUUCUGAUCCAGAGACUCCACAGAGAGUAGGAAGCACAUGUAAUGUUUCAUGUGUAUUCGGAACCAUUGAAACAACACCUGCAACGAACAAUACAAAUGCAACAACCACAUGUAAUUGCUUAAGUGGAUUCUAUGGAGCAGCAUGUAACAACCUUUGUGAGGUACACAAUGGAAGACCAUGUAAUGACCAUGGAACAUGUACUCAAGCUGGAACAUGUGAUUGUGAACACAACUGGCAAGGAUCAGACUGCGGCACAUGCGUAUCUGGAUUCUAUGGCUCAGACUGUAGCAUCCUUGUAUCAACUGCUGCUGAACUCCCUGUUAAGACUGCUGGAGCCUCAAGUGUAGGAGACUACCUCUCAUUCACUGGAGUGGUGCAAACCAUCAAUGACUUCUCUGGAGUAUUGAACGUCCUUGAAGAAACCAAUCUAGAAUUACAGGUCCAAGUCCAUACUGUGUUCUGCGAUUAUGGGUCAUGUAUUGAUGCUGUGGCUGUGAAGCAUGGAUCAGACAAGUUCACCAUGUAUGCAUAUAACCCUGAUGAUGUCAUGAGUACUCCAGUUCUCUACCUAAAUGGUGUAAGACACUACCUAGGAGAUAAGACUGACUCUGUGACAAGUACCAUUAGUGUUACCCAGAAAGCCACACAAAUGCUGUCUGUUGCUGUUGCCACACCAGAAGUUGUAAACAUCAAUGUUGUAUUCACUGGAGGAUUCCUGCAGAUUACUGUAAAGGCUGAUCCCACAGUUUGUAUGGCUACAACUGGUGUAUUUGCAUCAUGUGCCAAUAGUGCCAACACAACUGCAUUCACGACAGAGACCAAAGAGACCUUAGCUACUGCAACACUGUCUGCCCACCAGGUUACAUAUGGUUCAAGUAUUUUCAACUCAGAUGGAUACCUGUCUCUGAGUGCUAACACUGAAGCAGGAUAUGCUCUCUACUUUGAUGGAACAUCUGUUGAAAGUAAGAGUUCAAAAUACACUGUUGACAGCGGGCACUUGGACAAUGACUUUACAAUCAGUCUCAUGGUGAAACCAACUGCAUAUGGAGGCUCUAUCUUCUCUCUAAAGGGCAAAGAUACAAUCUCCAUUAGCAAUGAUAGAGAUAUGGUUGUGAGGAUUGGAUCAAGAGAUCACAUUACAAAGGCAAGAAAUGUUGUGAACAGAUGGAACCAUAUUGUUUUGGUCUUUGAGAAAUCAAGUUCACAGGUGCAUUUCUACCACUUUGAUCCAUGGAAGAAGGUCACAUACCAAACGAUCAUGCUGGAAUCUGAUAACAUCAUGCAAGGUGCAUACAUGAUCAACCUUGGUGCAUACAUCCUGUCACCAUCAUCUAACAUGUCUAAUACCUUCUCACAGAACUUUAAGGGUAUGAUGGAUGAGGUUGCAGUCUGGAACAAGAGACUAACUCAUAAUGUGAUCUAUGAAUCAUUCAUGUUGAAUGUGAAGAUUCAAUCAUAUUCCUCUGAGAUUGAGCAUUUGUACAAGAUGGAAUCUGGUGUUGGAAGAACAGUCAAGGAUCUAGGAGAUGACAAUAGUGUAUAUAUGCCUGUUGAUCCCUGGUCAACUCCUCAGUGGAGAUACUCUGAUGCACCAAUGCACACAUCAACAGCUGCCGUAGAAGAAGAAAAUACAACACUGACUGAAACAACAAAGAUCAUAUGUGCACAGUUCUUUGCUAGAACAUGUGAUGCAUUUGAUGAACAACUUGUUGAGUACUUCCAAGCUGCUUGCGUAGAUGGAGGUAUUAAUGCACUGUCAACUGAUGGAAUUUUCUACUCUGUUGUUAUGCUGAAUGAAAUAUGCAAGAUUGAAGCUGAAGAACCUGCCACUACAGUUGCCCCAACUGUUGCUGUAACUACCGCAUCAGCUGGAAAUGCUACAACUGCAGCGCCAGAAGCUGCCACAACUAACACAGCUGAAGCCACAACUGUUGCAAAUGCAACUAACACAACUGUGUCAGAGGGAGGCAGACGUAAGAGAUCAUAUGAUGAGGAUGUCAUUGUAAGGAGCAAGAGAUCAGUCUCUGUUGCAUCAUCAAUGCCAUUCUGCAACAUCUCAUCUUCUACAACACCAUCUUGGUUGACCAACCUGUGUGAUAAAUGCACAUUUGGCCAAGAAGAUUCAGAUGGUAAUUGCACUUGCGGAACAGGUUUCUACGGAGAAGAAUGUGACAAAGUUUGCCCUGGAGGAGCAGCAACACCUUGCAACAACCAUGGAACAUGUGGCACAGAUGGCACAUGCCAAUGCCAUGCUAACUUUGUUGGUGCAUCGUGUGAUACAUGUGCUGCAGACUGGACAGGAGCAGAUUGUGAUAUCCUUCAAGGAACACCAUCAACAUCUGGAUUUGUAACUGCACAGAUAACAAACACACUCAGAGUGACUACCUUUGAUAAGGUCUCAUUUGAUAUGACUGAUAUUGCAACCUUUGAAUUGUUCAGAGUUAGUGGUACAGUUAUAUCUGGAACAACCAAGAACUGUUUGAUUAGAGGUCAACACACACCAUGUCUUGGAUCUCUAUACAUCACCCAGUCUACAGAUUUUGUCUACAUUGACCCAUCCAGCAUGAGUUCAGAUGCCCUAUCUGUAUACACAAAGAAUGGCAUUGAUAUAGUCCUUACAAAUAAGACUGUUUCCUCCAGAUUUGAUGUGUACAGGACAACACCCACAACAUUUACUAUUUCAAUAAGCAACAUUGAUGUUGUUGUGUCUAGUAUUGAGGACAGCUUCACAGUAACUGUCUCAACAUCUGAUGUAUCUGUUUCAGGUGCAAAUGGAAUGUUUGCAUCUUGUGACACUGCUCUGGAGAUCACAACUGCAUGUUGCAUGUCACAACGGCCAUGCGGUUUAGCAGCUAGUUGCUCUGAACCUGUAUCUUCAACAACAUUGCAAUGCUUUGUGAACAGAUACAAACUGAGCGACACUUCAUUCAUGACAUAUGCUGAAGCUUUAAGCUCAUAUGUUGGAGAUGAAAAGGCAGUACAUAUCACCGAUAACUGCAUGACUUUGGAUGCAUUCACCACUUUGCCUUCUGAUGUGUUUAUGAUGGAGCUGCAUGUCAAACCUGAUGUAAAUGGAGGAACUAUCUUCUCAUACACAACAUCUACAGACGUGUUUGCAUUGACAAUCCACAAUGGCGUCAUUGAGUUCUUGAUGACCAACAAUACAGUGCUCACUACAGAAAUGAGCUUUGAACUUGGCCAAUGGAACCAGAUCAACAUAAUGUAUGAUAACUACAUUGAGGUCAUGGAAGUGUUUGUGUUCAACUCAGCUGGAGAUCCUUCUGCAUUUGUAAUCAAUCUACCAAACAGUACAUUUACACCUGGUGGUAAACUCACAUUAGGAGUGAAUGUUGUGUCCAACCUGACAACUGAUAUCUUCAGUGGUUAUAUAGAUGAACUGAGAGUAUGGAGAACUGAUAACAACCCCAGCAUUGCAGUUAACAACUGGAACAUUGCAGCAACAAAAGAACUUGCUGACCUGGUCGCAUGGUUUGACUUUGAACCAAGUGUAAAUGAAGUUGUUGAUAAGAUUGGUGGUAAUUUGACAAUUAGGUCAUUCUCACAGAUCAAUACUCCUUCAUGGAAGAAAGACAACUUAGAACUUCAACCAUUGAACAUUCCAAGGACCACAGAUAAAUCUCUGUUUGACAUGGCCAGUGAUAUGUGCCAAGCUGCACUGAUGACUGGAGAUUUCUACACUCAUUGCUCUGCAAUUGGUGACUCUCUAUUGAAGACAUAUGCUGAACAGUGUACGCAAGACAUUGUUACAUCUUCAGAUAUUGGAUCUGGAGUUGCUUCAUUGCUUGCUGCAUCUGAUUUCUGCCGAACUCAGCUAGGACUUGCAUCUAUACCAGUAUGGCCUGCUUGUGGAGUAUUUGGCUCUGACAACAGUACAUGGUACAAAGAUAGCUGCGAUAUGACCUGUGUGUUUGGCAAAACUGUCUCCAGCUCAAGCUGUGAAUGUGAUGAAGCCCAUUGGGGAAGCAACUGCAGUGAGUCAUGUCAUGCAACAUCCAAUGGUGUAUGCGACUCCCAUGGAUCUUGCUCUCAACCUAAUGGUGCCUGCAUCUGCAGCUCAAGAUGGACUAGUGGAGAUCCCUACCUGAAUGUUUAUGAGGAUAUGGAGUUUGGAUCCUAUGCUUGCACAGAGUGUACAAAUCAGUGGUAUGGCCUGGAUUGUAACAUAGCAGUUAUGCCACCAAGUGAUGUUUACAUCAUUAGUGACACUGCUACUAAAUAUACAGGUGCCAGUGCUGUUAUAAUGGGCAACAUGGUUGUCAACUUUGAUGGUGCUGCCACUGAGUCUACUUUGCCUGGAACAUACACACUCUUUGAAACAGCUGAUAUAUCUGCUCAUGUCCUAUAUGGACCUUGCAAGAAGGAGGCAAACUGUAGAACUAUCAAUGAGAUAGCAAUCAAACAGGCUGAGGAAUCUAUUUCAAUUCAACGCCAUGCUGACCAGAUGUAUGCUUACUUCUACAAAGACCAAAAUGCUGCACCAAAAGAACUUAAGCACCCUAUAACUGAAACAUUCCUAGGUGACUGGACUGCAUAUUGGGAGGUUGAAAAUGUUAUUAGAACUCAACUUGGAAAAGGAGACUACAGUGUCAAUGUGACCGUUGCCAUGUUCCAAGGUGAAUUACUCUGUGGUAUACAACUGCCCAAUGGAUGGUCUGGACUGACAGGUGGCAUGUUUGGUAAACUUGAUGAAGCGUGGGAAGGUGACUUUAACUUUGGAGCAGUAUAUGGAGACAUCAGAGAAACAAUCAGUGAAGCUGAGUUACUCAAUUCACAUCUCAGUGGAGAAUAUGUUGCCCUUGGUUACGAAUACCUCUAUGGUUAUACCACAAGAACAAAUAUCUCACUGACACACAACAACACACAACAUGAGAUGUCAUCAGCUGGAUUCACUAUGAGAUUCAAUGGAGGAUUUGCCCGAUUUGGUCUCAGUGACAUCUCAGAAUCAUUGAAUGAGUUCUCCUUUGCUGCCUGGGUAACACCAAAUGAUGCAGAUGUUGCAGAUUUGGAUGUCAUUAUUCUCAGCAUCAACACAAAUCAAGGCACUUUGGAACUACGCUCAGAUCAUGGAAAAGUGAAGCUUGUCUGGGAUGGAGAGAUCUCUAACAAUAACACAGUAUUGAUCAAGGAUGAAUGGACAUUGGUGACAGUAUCGUGGAGAAACUUUGAUGGCAGAGUCAUUCUCACAACUACCACCAAUGGGGCCUUCAGCCAGGAAACCAGCAUAUACCACAAUACAGGCGUAGCUGUUACUCUUGCAGAUAUCACUGUUGGAGGAACAUCUGAAGUCAGUAUGGACAUUGACAAUGUAAAGAUGUGGAGUUACACCAAAUUAUAUGGUGAAAUGAAAUCUGAAUCUGAGGACUACAUUACAAAUGUGUUCACUUUAGCCCAACUGUUGAAUAUUGGAUUUGACGAGGGUGAUUCGACUCCACGCAUUUACUUCAAUGAUGCCUAUCCAAAAGCAACAACAAGUGAAAUGCAUAGCACAGAAGGCACUAUGGGACCUGCAAAUAGACUCCCCGUAUGGAUCCCCUCAAAUGCACCAGUCAUGAGGAAAGCAAUACCAACACCAAUUGCUUCUUAUGAUUCUGCUGAAGGACAAAUCUGUAAGGAAUCUAUUGAUGCUCUCAUGCCUAUGUGUCCAGAUAUGAUAUCAAUUGGACAGAUGUUUGUUGAGAAUUGUGUAAGAGAUCUCAAACGAUAUGGCACCAGUAAAACUAAUAUCACCGCCUCAGCAUUUGCAUUCUACUGCAAAGGACAGAAGAACAUUGAGGAAUGUGACAUGGAAGGCUAUAUGGACUUCUGUUAUGACUACUACGUACCCCCAACAGAUUCAUCUAUGGCAAUAAUCAUUGCUGCAGCUGCUGGAGGUGCUCUGGUUGUAAUUGGUCUCAUCAUUAUCAUAGUCAUUGUGGUCAUUAAGAAAAAGAAUGCAGCGAAGGGUGAAGAUGAUAAACUGGACAAGAACCAUCCAUUACUUAUGGAUCAAGAUCAAAUGGCUGAGAGUAGCGGAUCUGCACCACCAGAAACUAAAGAUGAAUAUGGCUUCAGAACUCAUAUAGAUGAUGAUGAUGUAGACUUUAGCUCUGGAAACAACUUUGAAAUGUCUGGUCGUUCCAGACGUGAAAGUACUGGCUUCAUGGAGACUGAUAUUGACAAACCAUUGUCAGGCACCAGAAAGGUUGCCAAUCUGAUGGCUGCACUUGACGAUGAGGAAGACAUUGAUAUGAGACCAUUGUCUGCUAGAAAUAGACCAAAGUCUUCAGUAUCCAGGUCAUCAUUGUCUUUGUCAUUGAGUCCAAGACGUAAUAGUGUUACUCCUAUUGACUUUGACCCACCAGCAGAUGCUCCAACAAGCAGACCAGGAACUGGCAGGAGCCACAGAUCUAUACAUCCUGAGGACCCCAGACCACAAUCUGCUGUCAAGUCUAUUCAUCCUGAUGAUCAUUAUUCUGAAUAUGACUCCGAAUCAUCUGAUGACUCUGAAGAAUGGAAUCUCCCAGACGAUGUUCCCACCAAUGCUACUGCAGCUGCUCCAACUACAGUUAUGGCAGCUGCUGUUGUUGCCGAGAUAGCAAAGGUUGAUAAGAAGCCUAGUACCGAACUGACAGAGGAACAGAUUGAGGCCAGGAAAGAGAAAGCCAAAGAAGAUCUUAAGACUUUCCAGGAGAAGGCUAACAAAGCUCAUAUAUCCUCCUCAAGUGUGGACUGGAAAUCUCAACUGCUUGGUGGCAUGGGAGGCAUUAGUGCUGCAGCUAAGAUGGGCAAGCUCUGGAAGAAAAAGGCUACAACUGCCAACACUGACAACCCAACUGCUGCACCACCAGCUGCUUCAGAUCAACUCUUACGUAUGGAAACAUUCACAAGUGUAGAUCUUAGCGCUUCACAAACAAAUACAAGAGAGAGCACCAUUGCUGAGGAAGAGGAAUCAAGUUUCGGAGCUGCAUCUGGAGCUGUGCCAAAGAUUGCACCCCCUUCAAGCCCCAGGAAACAGAGCCUUGCUGGACUCUUCGGAAAAAACAACAAAACAAGCCCAAGAUAAACAAUCAAUGACACAAAAUGGACUUUGAGAAAAAACGAAUGGAUAUUAUAUAAUAAACCAACCCUGCAUGAUAAUGGACUAUGAAACAAAUAGCAUUUAAAAAAACUAAAAAAAAAGAAUAAGAAAACAUGCUCACAUAUUUAUACAAAUUAUUUAUUAAAAGAAUACUCAAUUUAUUAUUUUAAAUCUUUCCAAAGUAGAUUCUAUUUUUUUAUAUGAAACAGUUUUGCAGAUAUAUUUAUAACAAAAAUAGAUACCUCAAGAUGAACAUCAAAUCAAGAUUCUACUUAUAUUACUAUUGUUUUUUCCAUAUCAACAUCAAAUGGAGAAAUCUGUCACAAAAGUAUAAUAAGUAUUAUCCUUGAUUUAGAUAAAUAUAUAAAAUUAUUUUGAUCAUUUUCUAUGUAGUGAUUUUCUGUCUUAUU